AUGCGACAUGAACCCAACAAGGCAAUUAUGUUUCGCUCGGAGAAUUUCCUUCAAUUAUCACCAUCUAAUGAUAUACUGAAAAUUACUGAGGAGAAAGGUGACACGAAAAUAGAAUAUGAUAUUAAAGUGGAAUGUGGAAAGAAUUACUAUGGAUCAGAAUGUGCAAUAUUCUGUAAUCCAAGCAUUGGAAGUUUUCAUUUCAAAUGUUCACCGGAUGGACGACGUUUAUGUGAGGAUGGUUGGAGUGGAAAAAAUUGUGAUGAUCCAAUUUGCGCCAAUGGUUGUAUUAAUGGAUAUUGUGUUUCACCAGGAAUAUGCAAAUGCCGUAAUGGAUGGCAAGGUAAUAAUUGUGAUCGUUGUAAACCACAGGAUGGUUGUAAACAUGGUUAUUGUAACAAACCUAAUGAAUGUAUUUGUGAGAAAAAUUGGGGUGGAACAUUUUGCGAUAGAGAUUUAGACUAUUGCUUUCAUAAUUCACCAUGUUUAAAUGGUGGAAAAUGUUCAAGUGGUGGAUUACAAAAUUAUUAUUAUUGCAAUUGUACGAAUGGUUUUAGUGGGCAAAAUUGUGAAAUUAAGGUAGAUCCAUGUGCUAAAGUAAACUGUGGAAAGUAUGGUCAAUGUAGAGUUUCAUGGAAUUCUGAAAAUAAAUAUUUCUGCUAUUGUAAUGUGACCCAUUACGGUGAUCAUUGCCAAUAUCGUUUUGAUCAAAAUAAUCCAACAGAUAAUGCUCAUUUUCAACGUUCAUUUCAACCAGGAAGUUGCAAAUUAUCAAAUUCGGAAUAUAUGCCAGCCGGAUUUAGCUGGACUACAGUUGAUUGUCGACAUUGUAUAUGUCAACAGCAUUGCGUUAUUGUCACGGAAGAUGAAUGCCUUAAAGGGAAAUGUGAAUAUCCACGUGGACGAUGUCUUUCUUGGCUACAAAUAAAUAGUGAGAUAGCGCGGCGCACUUGUCGUGAACGUUUGAAUGCUGAUAAUAAAAAUACACAAGGAUGCGGACGAAUGUUUCUCGAAUUUGAUAUUAAUAAUUUGUUACCGGGGACAACAUCAGGUGACGUUUGUUUUCAUCUUCUGCUCGAUAUUAAUACCGCAAAUAUCACACACAUUGGAUUUGAUUGCAAAUUAAUAUUGGCUAAUAUAGUACAAGUAGAUAUUACUCUAUACCGUAUUUGA